CUGGCUGUGGUGGAUGCUGCAAGUAAGUUUACUGACUCUGGAGAAUUUCCAAUCUUCUCAACAUGGCCUCCACCAUUUCCCCUCUGCCACUCACCUCCAACGACUUCACCUCCUCAAAUCAUUCCUUCUACGACGAUGACUACUAUGAUGGCAUAGAGUUCUUGCUCUGCAGGAAAGAAGACGUCCAGUCUUUUGCUAGAAUCUUCCUCCCACUCAUCUACACCCUGAUCUUCGUGCUAGGCUUGGGUGGGAAUCUUCUCCUCCUGGUGGUGUUGCUUCGUUAUAUGCCCCGAAGGCGAACGACAGAAAUCUACCUGAUCAAUUUGGCCAUCUCCAAUCUGUGCUUUGUGGUGACACUGCCUUUCUGGGCUAUUUCGGUGGCUUGGCACUGGGUCUUUGGAAAUGGGAUGUGCAAAUUGGUGAGCACCCUCUACACUAUUAAUUUUUACAGUGGCAUCUUUUUUCUUAGCUGCAUGAGCCUGGACAAAUAUUUGGAAAUUGUCCACGCUCAGCCCAGACACAGGCUGAGAACCCCAGGUAAGAGCCUGCUCCUGGUUGCCAUGGUGUGGAUUGUGUCUGUGGCCAUUUCUAUCCCAGAUAUGGUCUUUAUGAAGAUAACGGAGGAACCCCCACAUGGGUGGAACUGUUAUGCAGAUUUUGGGGGCCAUGGAACCAUCUGGAAACUUUUCCUCCGAUUCCAGCAGAACCUACUGGGGUUUCUCCUUCCCUUCUGCCUCAUGAGUUUUUUCUACAUACGGAUUGGUUGCGUUCUGAUGCAAUGGAAGUUUCCAGGCCAAGGUUGGGCUCUGAGAAUGACUGUCGGCCUGGUGGUAGCUUUCUUCCUCCUGUGGUUCCCAUACAACCUGACCUUGUUUUUGCACUCCUUGCUUGAUCUCCACGUGUUCGGGAACUGCAUGACCAGCACACGUCUGGAUUACGCCAUGCAAGUGACAGAGAGCUUCGCGUUCUUCCAUUGCUGUGUGACCCCCAUUCUCUAUACCUUCUCCAGUCGCCGCUUCCGCCGGUAUCUGAAGACCUUCCUGGCUACAGUUCUCAAGGGGUCCCUGGCAUCGGAGGACUCUGCUCCCACCUCCCCAUCCACCUGUUCUGGCAGUAGCAGGCACACAGCCCAGGAAGAAAUGAUCACCUUGGAUGACAUUGAAAAGAGACAGGUGGAAAGCUCCCUUCACAGGGUAGAGGGGAGACUUGGGGAACCAUGAAGCUGGAGUGGCU